GUCGAGUAACUGCGACGAGCAAAGGUUGAUCCAGGCCUGUCCUGAACCUGACUGCUCCUGCCAUUCAGCGCUGUCCCUGCACAAGCAAACGCAAGAUGAGCGGCCAAGAAGAUUCACGUGUGAGCAACGAUGUUGCGGUCAUGGAUGAUAAUACUGAGAGCAUCCCUUCCCAAAAAGCACAGACUCUGCCAGAGUCCACCAACUUAAAGACCCACUCCACUCCCAUCGCUAACGGAGAAGCCACGGCAGCUGAGCUCAGUGCAACAUCAGCUUCGGCGAUCCAGGAGACUCAUCCUUCCAGGAAGCCUGAGGCACCGACCGAAGCUCCCAAGUCUCCUGAGCUGGAGGAAGCUGUUGAAGGACUUUCACUAGAAGAGCCCAAGGCAGUUCCACUGUCCACGGCGAAUGUGGCAACGACUCUGGCCCCAGCUGACCGGCUAUGGAGCACCAGCAGAGACGAGGCAGUCAGGCUGAGGAUGGAGGGUUCGGGCAAGGCCUCGGAGACUCCCAUGACCAUCCAUCAGAUGUUCCUGCAGACGGUGGACAGCUACGGGGAUACUCCUGCCUUAGUUUCCAAGAAAGAGGGCCAGUGGGAGACCCUGACGUGGAGGCAAUACUACGAGCAGUGCCGGGCAGCUGCUAAAAGUUUUCUCAAGUUGGGGCUGGAGCGUUACCAUGGUGUGGGGAUUUUAGGAUUCAACUCCCCUGAGUGGUUCAUCUCAGACAUCGGCUGCAUCUUGGCUGGGGGUCUGGCAACCGGCAUUUACACGACCAACUCACCCGAGGCUUGUCAGUAUGUGGCUGCCAACUGCGAGGCCAACAUCCUGGUUGUGGAGAACCAGAAACAGCUUGACAAAAUCCUGCAAGUUAAAGAUCAGCUACCUCAUCUGAAAGCCAUUGUCCAGUAUAAAGGCGAGCUGCAGCAGAAAGCACCAUUCUUGUAUACAUGGGCAGAGUUCAUGAAGCUGGGAGAGGACGUGCCCAACGAGCAGCUGGAUGCCAUGAUCAACAGUCUCCGGGCCAACGAGUGCUGUACUCUCAUCUAUACCUCUGGAACCACUGGAAACCCUAAAGGAGUCAUGCUGAGCCAUGACAAUCUGACAUGGACAGCACAUACGGCAGCUAGCUUGGUGGAUUAUACCUUCGCUUCGGAGGCGGUGAUCAGUUACUUACCGCUCAGCCACGUGGCAGCCCAGAUGUUUGACAUGUGGAUUGCUAUGACUUUUGCUGCCACCAUCUACUUUGCAGAGCCAGACGCCCUCAAGGGUUCCUUAGCAACAACAAUGAGAGAGGUACGCCCGACUUAUUUCCUGGGGGUCCCUCGAGUGUGGGAGAAGAUACAGGAGAAGAUGAGAGCGAUUGGUGCCAAGGCAUCCCCAAUGAGGAAGAGGGUGGCCGACUGGGCCAAGUCCAUAGGCCUGCAGUACAACUACAGUGCCAUGAACGGAGAGAAUCUGGUGCCGUGGGGUUUCAUGCUGGCUAACAAUCUGGUCUUCAAGAAGGUGCGUGCUGCGCUGGGCUUAGACCGCUGCAAGAUCUGCUUCACAGGCGCCGCCCCCAUCACCAAAGAAACUCUGGACUACUUCAUGAGCCUGAACAUGCCGCUGAUGGAGCUAUACGGCAUGAGCGAAAGCUCCGGCCCACACACCGUCUCGGUUAACAGCAGCUACCAGAUGUCAAGCUGUGGGAAGGUGAUGCCAGGCUGCAAGACAAAGCUGGAGAACCCAGACAAGGAAGGGAACGGAGAGAUCUGUUUCUGGGGUCGGAACGUCUUCAUGGGCUACCUGAACAUGCCUGACAAAACAACAGAGGCUCUUGACCAGGACGGCUGGCUGCACUCUGGAGACCUGGGAAGAAACGACCAGCAGGAGUUCCUGUACAUCACAGGAAGGAUCAAGGAGCUGAUCAUUACCGCCGGUGGAGAGAACAUCCCUCCUGUGCCCAUCGAGGAUGCACUGAAGGCCGAGGUGCCAAUCAUCAGCAACUCCAUGCUGCUCGGAGACAAGCUCAAGUUCCUCUCCAUGCUACUGACCCUCAAAUGCGUCGUCGACGACAACGGUGACCCCACGGAUGAGCUGAGCCCUGAGGCUUUGGACUUCUGCCAGCAGCACGGCGUCACAGCCACCAAGGUGUCAGAGAUUAUAGCCAAUAAGGAGCCAGCUAUUUACAACGCCAUUCAGGAGGGCGUUGAGCGUGUCAACGCCAAAGCAACAUCCAACGCCCAGAAGGUGCAGAAGUGGGUCGUAGUGGAGCGAGACUUCUCUGUCGGUGGAGGAGAACUGGGACCCACCAUGAAACUGAGGAGGCCCAUUGUUGUGAAGAUGUACCAGGAGAAAAUAAACGAAAUGUAUGGAGUGGCCACAGACAAACAGUAGACUGUAAUGCACAGAGAUCAGAUAAUACUGAAGAGAGACAGUCACGAGAAACAUGUGGCAUGUUUAUGAACAUUGUGUUGUGCCCAGACGUAUGAACCUCUUUUUACCUGAAUGUUAAAAGUGCACAAGAGGUUUAUAAUUUAAGGGGGGAAAGUCUUGAUUCUGAUUGUGUUGUAUUUAAUGAAAUAGAGGGUUGUGCUGCUACGUUUUAAUAUGUCGAGUUUUCCAGAAGCUGUCUUGUCUGUUUCUGUUCCAAAUUGAUAUUUAAGCUGUUUAAUGUAUAUACAGUUUCACUGCAACUGUGCACUUUUUGUAAAUAAAACAUCCAAAUCA